GCGAAGCCCUUCUCUCUCUCUCCCUCUUCCUUUUCCCGAGCCCUAUCGCUCGCUUCCUUUCCUCCUCUUCCUCUAUUUUUCUCCCUCGACUUCGAGGGCUUUCUUUUUUUUCUUCUUCUUCUUCUUCUUCUUCUUUUUCCGAUUUUUUUUUUCAUCUCGAUUCGAUCGAUCACGAAUCGGAUUGGUACCGGAGGACAACCCUAGGGCAAGGAACGAUGCAGCAGCAGAGGCUGAAGCAGCAGCAGGCUUUGAUGCAGCAAGCCCUCCUCCUCCAGCAGCAACAGCAGCAGCAGCAGCAGCAGCAGCAACAGCAACAGUCCCUUUACCCCCACCCCGGCCUCUUGGCCGCCCCUCAGAUAGAGCCUGUCCUAAGUGGGAAUCUGCCUCCUGGAUUUGAUCCAAGCACAUGUCGCAGUGUGUAUGUAGGCAAUGUUCAUCUUCAGGUUACUGAGGCUCUUCUUCAAGAGGUUUUCCAAAGUACGGGCCUUGUUGAAGGAUGCAAGCUCAUUAGGAAAGAGAAGUCAUCCUUUGGCUUUGUUGAUUAUUAUGACCGCCGAUCAGCUGCACUUGCAAUCAUAGCACUGAAUGGGAGGCAGCUGUUUGGCCAACCCAUUAAAGUUAAUUGGGCAUAUGCCAGUGGGCAAAGAGAGGACACAUCAGGCCAUUACAACAUCUUUGUUGGUGAUCUUAGCCCUGAAGUUACAGAUGCCACCUUAUUUGCCUGCUUUUCUGUGUAUCCAAGCUGCUCAGAUGCGAGGGUCAUGUGGGACCAAAAAACUGGGCGUUCAAGAGGCUUUGGUUUUGUUUCUUUCAGGAAUCAACAGGAUGCUCAAAGUGCGAUAAAUGACUUAACUGGCAAGUGGCUUGGCAGUCGGCAGAUCCGUUGUAACUGGGCUACCAAGGGAGCUAAUGCUAGUGAAGACAAACAAAAUUCAGAUUCCAAGAGUGUGGUGGAUCUAGCAAAUGCAUCUGCUGAAGAUGGGCAAGAGAACACAAACGAUGAUGGUCCAGAGAGUAACCCACAAUUCACAACUGUCUAUGUGGGUAACCUUGCUCACGAGGUUACUCAACUUGAUCUCCACCGCCAUUUCCAUUCCCUUGGUGCUGGAGUGAUAGAAGAAGUCCGCAUACAACGUGACAAGGGAUUUGGUUUUGUGAGAUACGGUAAUCAUUCUGAAGCUGCUUUGGCUAUCCAAAUGGGGAAUGGUCGAAUUCUUUGUGGAAAGCCAAUCAAGUGUUCUUGGGGCAGCAAACCAACUCCACCAGGAACUGCCUCUACGCCACUGCCCCCGCCUGCCUCUGCUUCAUUCUCUGGACUCACUGCAACAGACCUCUUAAGUUAUGAUCGUGCUUCAUUGUUGGGCAAGAUGACUGCCAGCGAGGCGUUGAUGUAUGCCCAGAGUCAGCAAGCUCUGAAGCAAGCGGCAAUGGGGAUGGGCGCAGGUGCCAGCCAGGCCAUCUACGACGGUGGGUUUCAAAACGUUAAUGCAGCACAGCAGUUCAUGUAUUACUAGCAAUCGGUGGUCUCCAAUACUUGUCACGAGUCACUGAGCAUCUUGAAGCUUUUCUGUUUUAUGGUUCUUAAAAUUUUCUCCUGUACUCUGGCUUAAAUUAUUUCUCGAUCUGGUUUGUGCCGCCCAUAUCAUCUGCCUUUAUGAUUGUAUCAAUGCAAAAUUAUGUACACAUGAAUGUUGUUGGUGAAGUCAUGAUAAGACUUCCUGGGAUUCUUGCGUUCUA